UCUCGGACGGAUCCAUAUGGAGACGUUUCGCAUGAAGGUUGGACCAGCAGCUCCAGUCGUGAUGGUUCAACAAAUUGUGCCUUUCAGCUACGGCAAAAGGUUACUUCUGGGUCCGUAGCCUCUGGCUUUGGCGCGCGCCGAGCAACGGCGCGCUCAGCAAGUGCUAGAAUUUUGCAGGGCGUGACUUCCACGAGGCUCAUCAAGGGCCUGAAGAGCUCAUCAAGGGCUCACCCGCGGUUCUCGCGAACCGCUCGUUAGCGUUGUCCAGGGCGUCACCCCGCCCUUUAUUUGCGCAGCCCAUGCCUGGGCGCAUUGCCCAGUCAGGCAGCGUGCACCAAGCGCCUGGACCGGGCCUGGGCCCGCUGGCCGGCGAGUCCACGCGGCGCCGCGUGCGCCUCAAGAACACUUUCCUCGAGGUGGACGACAGCGACGACAGCCGCCCACCCGACAGCCCGCGCGCUCUGUCUGACCCGGGCCUGUGCCGCGGACCGGGCGCGGAGGGGCAGGACGCGGAGGGGCAGGACGGGGAGGCCAGCGCGGCCGCGGCGGAGGGACAGCAGGCCCCGGGUUGCGCCGCCCGGGGCGCUGGACCCGCCGGGGGCAGCUCGCCCCAGGAGCACGCCACGGUCGGGGAGCACCUCCGGGCGCUGGGCGGGGUGGACCCCCGGCGGGUGCUGGUCGUGCGGCGCAUCUACAAGCUGGGCUACCAGUCGGGCAGCUUGCUCGCGUCGCACUUCUCAAAGUUCGGGCGGGUGCACGAGGUGCUGGUCCCGCGCCGGCAGGCCAAGCUGUUCCGCUGCCGAAGUCAGGCAGCGGGGGCUGGGACUCGGGAUCGGCCUGGAGCCAUAGGUUUUGUCGUCAUGGCCGACGCUGAGUGCACUGACCGGGCCAUGUGGGACGGAAAGCAGCAUAUGGUAGCCGGCGAACGCAUCACAGUGGAGCCCUUCGAGCCGACGGCCCCAAGGCCUGAGUGGCGCUAUGCGCCUUCCCGGCAGAUUUGCAGCUCGCACCCCGCAUAGGAGCGAUUGGCUCGCCUUCGACAGUGGUGGGUGCACCGAGCGUAGAGGAUCAGAAGUUUCAUCCAGCUGCCUGAGGCGAGUCCCACACCGUGCCAGCGCAGCCUUUUACAAAACCAGAGAAAUUAAGGAUGAUUUGUGGUGCGUGGGGUGGUGGUCCCUCAGAAGAUUUACUCAGACUCUACCAGACUGGAUUUCGACACACAGCUGUUGCCACUACAAAGGAGGGUGUGACUAGCGAAGAUUAUUUUCUAUCCUUGCAACGAAGCUGGCCUCGGCUGGGAGUUUGCGGGUGUCCGCGACCGGUUUGUCCGCUGGCGCCCGACCACCUCCCCUCACCCGCCCCCUCGAAUUGUUCACAUUGUGUGCGUGCGCACACCGUUCUGUCUUCACCAUUCUCUCACUCGGCGGCGCUACUUGCAGAAGCGAGCAUCCGAGUGGCGAUUGGCUUGCAGCACCAUGGUAGAGUAUCAUUUCCAGGCGUUGCGUUCUGCAGGGCUUUCCGCGAGCCAGUCUGUGAGUUGGUGACGUUCCCCGCGGCUAGUUCGCUCAGUUCCCUUUCGCGAGUCGGACCUCAGACGGUCUCCAUCGCAAACACCGGCAGUAUCAUGCGGCGGGACGCGGUUACCUCUUGCCCAUCUGCAAGCGCACAUGUUGACACAAGUUGGGCCAAAGCCUGGCCAAGCUAUUGGUCUGUGCCGCGUACCCACUAAAACUGCUAAAUUUCAGCCACACCGUUGGGGGAGAAAAAAUGUGCCGAUGCCGCUACUCCCCAGACCUCUCUUGGGGUGCGUCCUGGACCAUCGGCGCCCCUAGAUGCAUGCAUUGUUCUCCCCUUGGCUAUUCGCCCCCAUCGUCACCCUCGAGUCUGAGCUCCCGUUUCUCUCUACCUCGUUUGUGUGCCCCAUAGCCACGUCAUGGCCUUGCUUGCUCGGGCGGUUCGGGCGUGCUGUCAACCGCACAUCUUUCGGCGGCAGGCUGCUGGUGAAUGUUUCCUAAGGCGUGUUGCCCGAGCAUCCGUUCAAUAUUCUGGAUGGGGAAGGUGUGGACACCGAUAUCCUUGCCCCUCGUCUGAUGAAUAUUCAGAUGUUGCGAUCGAUGCGACUCUGAAUGCAGCGUUGUGAUUAGUAGCCGCACCGGCCAGUACGAAGUUGGGCUGCUUCAAGAGAGCAGUAUCAUAAAAUGGGCGGCAUCAUCAUGAGGCAAACACAUCAACUCAAUGACAGGUAAUUCCGUGCAUGGCUUUUUGGGAAAAUUUGACGCUGAGAACACUGCGCGUUUCAGCUGGACACAUCUUCGCGAGAAGACUCGUUUCGAGCGAUCAGGAGAAAGCAUAUAAUCACGUUCUUUUCCCCAUGCCCUGAAGUAUGUGGUCAUUGUGGUCAGUGUAACGCCUUCACGCCGCCUCUCUCCUUCGCCACCUCCCUCCUUCGCCCACACUCUGCGACCC